AUGAAAUUAUUGAUAGCCUUAACCUGCAUUUUGGCAGUUGUUGCUGCCAACGAAAAUGCCAAUGUCCUUCGCAAUGAUGCUGAGGUCAAUGUAGAAAAUUUCAAAUAUGCCCUCGAAUUGGACAACUCUGUCAACACUCAGCAAGAGGGAUCUUUGAAUGGUGGUAACUGGGUUGUCAAGGGCUCCUACAAAUUCACAUCUCCCGAAGGUGAAGAAGUCUCUGUGCAAUACACUGCCGAUGAAAAUGGCUACCAUGUUGAUGCUGCCCAACCUGUGUUGCCCACUCCUCCACCAAUUCCAGAACAUAUUCUUAAGGCUAUUAAAUACAUUGAGGAACACACGAAAUAG